UCCAUUUAAUGGGAUUAAUGAUUUCUGGUAUUAUCCUAACUAUGUCUCUUCAGAAAUAUAUCCUAUUGAAUUCAGUGGCACGUACUCCCAAGUGAGCAGUGUUAGCCAGCGGCCCUGAUGGGAUACUUGCAGCUUUUGAUGGUGGAAAAUUUCAAAUCAUGGCAAGGGAAACAAUGCAUAGGACCGUUCAAGAAAUUCACAUGUGUCAUUGGUCCCAAUGGUUCAGGGAAAUCAAAUGUAAUGGAUGCACUUAGUUUUGUAAUGGGUGAGAAGACAUCUAAUUUGAGAGUGAGGCACAUCCAAGAACUGAUACAUGGAGCACAUAUCGGGAAGCCGGUUUCAUCUACUGGAAGUGUUAAAAUGGUGUAUAUGGAGGAAAAUGGAGAAGAGAAAACAUUUUCAAGAAUUAUUCGAGGCAGUGGAUCUGAAUUCCUUGUUAAUGACAAGAUUGUCAGCAGAUCUGUUUAUACAAAGGAACUUGAAGAAAUUGGUAUAAUUGCUAGAGCAAGGAAUUGCUUGGUUUUUCAGGGUGAAGUUGAAACAAUUGCUAUGAAGAAACCCAAGGAAAGAACUCUACUUUUUGAACAAAUUAGUCAUUCAGGAGAACUUGCUGCUGAAUACGCAGAAAAGAAGAAGAAUAUGCAGCAGUCAGAGGAAGAGGCACAGUUUAGUUAUAACAAGAAGAAAAAUGUUGCAGCUGAGCGCAAACGUGCCAAGUUGGAGAAGGAGGAGGCAGAGCAUUACCAGAUGAUGUUUGACAAGUUAAGGGAAUGCAGAGAGAAGCUGCAAAUGUUCAAGCUGUAUCACAAUGAACAAAAAAUUAACUUUCUGAACAGCAAAUUGGCUGCAAAAAACAAGGAUAUUGAUUCUAACAAAACUGCUGUUUCCCAUGCUGAAGAUGCAGUGGGAACCAAGAAAAAAGCGCUAGGAGCAUUAAAUAGAAAACAGCAGCAGAUCGAAAAAGAAAUAAAGUCUCUGGAAAUUUUGCUGAAUCAAAAAAGACCUCAGUAUAUUAAAGCAAAAGAAAGAACCUCUUACCAAAUAAAAAAAGUAGAUACAGCUAAGAAAGAUUUAAGAGAUCAUAUGAAAGAACAGGCUAAGAUGGAGGAAAACAAAAAAGAACUAGAGACAGAACUGAUGGAUAUUGAUAAAGCUUGGAAAGCAUAUGAAAAAAAGGUUGAAGAGGAAGCACUGCACCAAGGGAGAGAGGUUUUGCUAGAAGAAAGUCAGAUACGUAAAUAUAAGGAGCUGAAAGAACUAGUUAGGAAAAAAGUAGCUGUAUUGACUCAGCAACUGAAAAAACUGCACUUGGAGCAAAAGGCAGAUGAGGACAAGAUGGCAUUUGAGCAGCGGAAACAGAGAGAAGUUGAGGCAAGUAUGAAGCAAGUUAUGGAACAGAUAGAAGAUCAUGAAAAGCGGAUAGAGAAGUUGACAGAGUAUAGCAGCACAUGUGUUGAAUCUUUAGCAGAGAAAAAACAGGAAGAAGUAACACUCACAAAUGAAAUUGAAAGGUCAAAGAUACGAAUGACUGAGUUAAAUGAAGAACUGAAUAAAAUUGUCAGUGACCUGCAUAAUGCAAAAAUCGAUGUCCAUGAGGGGAAACGCCAGAAGACAAGGGCUGAAAACUUGGAGAGCCUCAAAAGACUAUAUCCUGGUCACGUGUUUGGAAGACUGCUUGACUUGUGUCACCCUAUCCAUAAAAAAUAUCAGCUUGCUGUCACCAAAGUUUUUGGCAUGUAUAUGGUUGCGAUUGUUGUGGCUUCAGAAAAAGUAGCUAGAGAAUGUAUUCGUUUCCUCAAGGAACAAAGAGCUGAGGCUGAAACUUUCCUUCCUUUAGAUUACCUUAAGGUAGAACCAAUCAAUGAACAGUUGAGAGAGAUAAAAGGAACUAAAAUGAUGAUUGAUGUUAUACAGACAUCGUUUCCUGCUCUGAAGAAAGUAAUUCAGUUUGUUUGUGGGAACGGUUUAGUAUGUGAAACAGUACAGGAAGCAAGACAAAUAGCAUUUGAAGGACCAUACCGACUUAAAACAGUGGCUCUGGAUGGAACUUUAUUUUUGAAAUCUGGUGUAAUCUCUGGCGGCUCAAGUGAUUUGAAAAAGAAAGCUAGAUACUGGGAUGAAAAAGAGGUGAAUGAACUUAAAGAGCAGAGAGAGAAGCUGAUGAAUGAACUAAAGGACUUGAUGAAAAUCAAGCGCAAAGAGGCUGAUUUAAAGCAGUUGCAAGCUCAAUGCCAAGGAAUUCAAACACGACAUAAAUAUUCGCAAAAUGAACUAGAAGUUCUUAAAAAAAAACAUAUUGCUAAUUUCUAUAAGGAAAAAUCUAUGCUGGAAAGUGUACUAUUAAAUAGCCAGUCAGAACAUGUGAUGUUGAAUGAAGGAGUUUUACAAAGAGCUGUUAAAAUGGAUGAACUCCAAAAGAAAAUUAAUGAGGUGGAAGACAAUGUUUUCGGUGACUUCUGUGCAGAGAUUGGAGUAGACAAUAUUCGUGUAUAUGAAAAGGAACAUUUGCAAGAGCAGGAAGAAAUUGACAAGAAGAGGUUCCAGUUUGAAAACCAGAAGACACGACUGAGUGCUCAGCUUGAGUAUAUUUGCAGCCUGGUAGACAAGGCGGUGAAGAAGAAUAACAUGUUAAAGGAGAAUAUUUGCAAAGAUGAAGCUUAUAUUAUUAGCCUGAAAAAGGAUGAGGAAAACUUUUUACAAAUGGUCGAGGAAGUUACGGUGGAACUGCAACAGCUUAAGGAAAGGUGGAAUGUUAAUAAGGCUGAUGUUGCAGAAGCACAGAAUCAAGUUGAGGAAUCAAGGAAGGCAUUGCUAACUCUAAUAAGAGAGUUGGCAAAGUUGCAAAAGGAAGGUAUUGCAAUCGAGACCUCUCUGGAGCAGAAAAAGUUAGAAAGGCAUAAUACCUUUCUUGAUUGCAAACUCCAGGACUUAAAGAUAGGACUUCUGUUGGGAUCUUUGGAUGACAUUAGUGAAAUAGAGCUGGGAUCUGAUACUGAAACUACAGAAAUGACGGCUGAUAUCUAUGAAAGAGAAGAGGCAAUUCAUGUAGACUAUAGCAAUCUUGCAAAAGAGCUAAUGGACUUGCGCUCCGACAAAGAUAUUGAAACUCACCUAACAAAACUUCAGCAGGAAAUAGCAUCUAGAGAAAAUGUUCUAUCAAAAACAGCAGCCCCGAAUAUGAGAGCUCUUGAGAGAUUACAUGUUGUUACAGGCAGAUUUCAAGAAUCAGUUGAUGUGUUUGAGACUUGUAGGACAGAAGCCAGAUUAUGUAGGCAAGAAUUUGAGAAGGUGAAGAAAAAGAGAUACGAGCUGUUCAGUCAGUGUUUUGAACAUGUGUCAGUAGCUAUAGAUCAGAUCUACAAGAAACUCUGCAGAAACAGUAGCGCUCAGGCGUUUCUUAGUCCCGAAAAUCCCGAGGAGCCUUACUUGGAAGGUAUUGGCUAUAACUGUGUAGCUCCUGGAAAAAGAUUUAUGCCAAUGGACAACCUGUCAGGUGGUGAAAAAUCUGUUGCAGCUUUGGCUCUUGUGUUUGCAAUACACAGCUUUAGGCCUGCCCCCUUUUUUGUUUUGGAUGAAGUAGAUGCAGCGCUAGAUAACACAAACAUUGGCAAGAUAUCAAGCUUCAUUAAAGAGCAGGCCCAAGAAAAGUUUCAGAUUAUCGUUAUUUCUCUAAAGGAAGAGUUUUAUUCUGAAGCAGAUGCUUUAGUUGGAGUCUGGCCUGAGCAAGAAGAUACUAUCUACAGUCAAGUACUGAGCCUGGAUCUUACUCUGUAUCGAGAGUCUGAUGAUGAAAAUGAAAGGCAACCAAAAGGCAGAAAGAGCUCUGCAUUGAAAUAUGAUAUAAAGUGAAUUUGUGGCUGUGGGCUUUUGUUUAACCACGGUGUGACAGGUUUGAAUGUUACUGAUUAGAAUUCAGUAUAAAACUAAAUUCACAUAUAUUUAAUGUGAGAACUGGUUGUUUAGCAUUAUAUUAAUAUGCUUAUUCUCUGGAAGUUUAACUGCUAAAAUUUGUAAUAGCUGUGGCCCUAGUUAGACAUUAGAUACAGUUUCCUGAUGUCUCUGUCAAAAAGAAAAGCUGCUGGAGGGGCAGAUGGGAUUGAAUGUGAAAAUAGUAUUAAUUAUUUCCCCACCAUUCUGUCCCGUUCCCACCCCCCCACCCCCCCC